AUGCUGCUCCUGAACCCCUUCUUCCUGGCGUCGACCUGCCUCGUGCUGGGCGCCGUGUACGUCUGGCAGUGCAUCUCUUCUCCCCUGCGCAAGCUUCCCGGUCCGACCUUGACGCUGUUUACUUCGUGGGUGCUCAAGUACCACGAGUUCCGGGCCAAUCGCACGAGAUAUAUCCACAGUCUUCACCUCAAGUAUGGACCCGUAGUGCGGAUAGCACCGAACGAGGUCUCGUUCGCCUCGCUGGAGGGUGUGAAAGAGAUAUAUGGAUCGGGUGGGAGCGGUUAUGACAAGACCGAGUUUUACGACCUGUUCAUGGUAUAUGGCAGAAGGACUAUGUUCAGCACUUUGAACAAGGAAGAUCAUGCUCGGAGGAAGAGAAUCCUUGCGGAUCGGUACGCAAACACGAACAUCAUGAAAUCGAGUUCGCUCGAUGGAAUCAAGGAGCGCUCGGGACGGUUCAUCGAGCGAUGCUCAAGAUCGGUUGGCGGAAGUAUAGAUGUGUUUAUAUGUAAGGUCAAGAGACGUCUACACGACUACGCAUUUGAUGGGGUUACCCAUCACUUGUUCCAUCCCUAUGGUUCGGAUUCCCUCCGCGACCCAAAGGAUGAAGAGGUCAUGAAGCAGGUCACUUUCGAUGAUAGCCUCCAGAAUCGUCUUGUGGAAUACUACAAUCCCACGCUCCAUGAGCUCAUUGGCAAUAUCCUAUCCGUCUUCGCGAAGCCGAGGGAGACACCACUAGCAGACGACCUGGUGAUAUCGGCCUGUCAGAAAACAGGAUCGGACCAAUUCACUCUCCUGCACCGUAUGCAGGACAAGAGCUACGGCUUGGAUCAUAUGGAUAUGGCGGCAGAAUGUUUAGAUCACAUGGCUGCCGGUAUCGACACCACCGGCGACGCAUUAUGCUUCCUCAUGUGGAAGCUAUCACAGCCGCGCUCCAUGUCCGUCCAGCGCCGGCUGCAGCAGGAGAUCCUGGCCAAUUCCGGCAUGGCCUUUGACAAGCUGCCGUACCUGGAUGCGGUCGUCUCGGAGGGUCUGAGGUGCUUCCCAGCGAUUCCGAUGUCUCUGCCGCGAUACGUGCCCCCUGGAGGCCGCACCAUCGACGGCUACCCCAUCCCGGAGAAGACGAUAGUCAGCUGUCAGGCCUACUCCGCCCACCGGAUCGACCAGGCCGUGUUUCCCGAACCCGAGUUGUUCAACCCGGACCGGUGGCUCGAGGAAAAGGGGGAGCUGGACCGGAAGCGGCUCUUCUUCGCCUUUGCUAGCGGCGGACGAGGCUGCAUUGGGAAACAUCUUGCUCUGGCAGAGAUGAAGACCCUACUUAUUGACGUGUACUCGCGCUACACUACCCUUCCCGACGGGUCGAUGACCGAAGAGGACAUGGAGAUCUCUGACUUGUUGAUAUCAUCGCAACCACGGGCGAAGAAGUGUCUCUUGCGGCUGGAACCACUCCGUGGUGGUGAGAUGCUGCGGUGA